GUGGCUUUAACAAGUUUCAGACCGAAUAUUCGGAGCACUGCGAGACAAACCUUGACAGCUCCUCGCCCAGCAACUCUCCUCCGGCAUCAGUCCUUGGCCUGGGAGGGCUGCGGAUAAGCUCUGACUGCUCAGAUGGCGAAUCCGACAGGGAACCCAGCAGUGCCACGGAGUCGGAUGGGAGCCCCAUCCCUAACAAUCAGCCUGCCUUUCCGGUCCAGAUCCUACCUUACCUGUACCUGGGCUGUGCCAAAGAUUCGACCAACUUGGACGUCCUGGGCAAAUACGGCAUUAAAUACAUCCUGAAUGUGACUCCCAACCUGCCAAACAUGUUUGAGCACGAUGGAGAGUUCAAGUACAAGCAGAUCCCCAUCUCAGAUCACUGGAGCCAGAACCUCUCGCAGUUCUUUCCUGAGGCCAUUGCUUUCAUUGAUGAGGCCCGUUCCAAGAAGUGUGGGAUCCUUGUUCACUGCCUCGCUGGCAUCAGCCGGUCCGUAACAGUCACUGUCGCCUACUUGAUGCAAAAACUCAACUUGUCCUUGAAUGAUGCCUAUGACUUUGUGAAAAGGAAAAAAUCCAACAUUUCCCCAAAUUUUAACUUCAUGGGCCAGCUCCUGGACUUUGAGAGGACUCUGGGACUCAACAGCCCUUGUGACAACCGCUCGCCCAGCGAACAGCUCUACUUCACCACCCCCACCAACCACAACCUGUUUCAGCUGAAUACCCUGGAGUCCACAUGAAGGGGAUGCCACCUGGUCGGGAACUUGAGCAUCGAAUCGCUUCUCUUGAGCAUUUCAACUCUUACAAAAGUAUCUGUCUUGCCAGGCAGCUCUGAAACGACUGGCUUCUCUGGGCAGAGGUGCCUGAUCGCUGCUUUAAGAAGGCUAAUGCCGUUCAUUAGUGUCCUGAUCAAAGUGGUUUGAAGAGGUAGUCUUUUUACAGGGGGUUAUUUAAUACGGGCGAUGUUACAGCAUUUUGAACGCAGCUGUUACCGGCAAUAACCGCUUUCCUGGGUGCAUUGGGACUGUCGGAGCACGCACACAUGUGAAGAGCUACCAGGGGUUAGCUUGCUGUGGAAAGUGAGGAGAUUUAUGCACUUGGAAACCUUGAACAAAAGGUGUUGGGCCAAGACUGUUUUAAACCCCAAGUUUACUUUUUUGAUUU